AUCAAGAGGAAAUUGCUGCAGCCCAGAAGAACAAAAUCCAGCUCCAGCAGAUGGGAGAGCGACUUGCCAAAGCCAGCCAUGAGAGUAAGGCGUCAGAGAUUGAAUACAAACUUGGCAAGAUCAAUGACAGGUGGCAACAUCUUCUAGAUCUUAUUGCAGCCAGGGUAAAAAAGUUAAAGGAGACCCUUGUUGCAGUGCAGCAGCUGGAUAAAAACAUGAGUAGCCUGAGAUCUUGGCUUGCCCACAUUGAGUCAGAGCUGUCCAAACCUAUCGUCUAUGAAACUUGUGACUCUGAGGAGAUACAAAGGAAGCUAAAUGAACAGCAGGAACUUCAGAGGGACAUAGAGAAACACAGCACUGGAGUGGCAUCUGUUCUCAAUCUGUGUGAAGUGCUUCUUCAUGACUGUGAUGCCUGUGCCACAGAAGCAGAGUGUGACUCUAUCCAGCAGGCUACCCGCAAUCUGGACAGAAGGUGGAGGAACAUUUGUGCAAUGUCAAUGGAAAGGCGACUUAAAAUUGAAGAGACAUGGCGGCUAUGGCAAAAGUUUUUGGAUGACUACUCUAGAUUUGAAGACUGGCUAAAAGUCUCUGAGAGGACAGCUGCUUUCCCGAGUUCCUCUGGUGUACUUUACACAGUUGCUAAGGAAGAACUGAAGAAAUUUGAGGCCUUCCAGAGGCAAGUGCAUGAAAGUUUGACUCAGCUGGAACUGAUCAAUAAACAAUAUCGCCGCCUGGCCCGUGAGAACCGCACUGACGCUGACUGCAGCCUCAAGCAGAUGGUUCAUGAGGGGAACCAGAGAUGGGACAACUUACAAAAGCGAGUUACCUCCAUCCUGCGCAGACUAAAACAUUUUAUUGGCCAGCGUGAGGAGUUUGAGACAGCACGUGAUAGCAUCCUGGUAUGGCUAACAGAGAUGGACCUGCAGCUGACCAACAUUGAGCAUUUCUCAGAGUGUGAUGUCCAAGCAAAGAUAAAGCAACUUAAGGCUUUCCAGCAAGAAAUUUCACUGAACAACAACAAAAUUGAGCAGAUAAUUGUGCAGGGUGAGCAACUCAUUGAGAAAAGUGAGCCCAUAGAUGCAGCUGUCAUUGAAGAAGAACUAGAUGAGCUGCGUCGUUACUGUCAAGAGGUCUUUGGACGUGUGGAACGCUAUCACAAGAAACUCAUCCGUCUUCCUCUGACAGAUGACGAACAUGACCUCUCUGACAGAGAGGUGGAUCUGGAUGAAUCAGCAGAUGUCUCUGACAUACACUGGCAUGACAAAUCUGCGGACAGCGUUCUCUCCCCGCACCCCUCUUCCAACCUCUCGCUGCCUCUUUCCCAGCCGGUGAGAAGCGAGCGAUCAGGGCGAGAUACUCCUGCGAGCGUGGACUCCAUUCCCCUGGAGUGGGAUCAUGACUACGACCUUAGCAGAGACCUAGAGACAGCCAUUUCACGGGCACUACACUCUGAGGAAGAAGAUGGAGGACAAGAGAAGGACUUCUACCUCAGAGGAGCAGCUGGUAUAGCAGGAGAACCUGGUGCCCUGGAAGAACAUAUCCGGCAGCUGGACAAGGCCUUAGACACCACUCGUUUACAAAUACAGCAAACGGAAAACAUCAUCCGCAGCAAAACACCUACAGGGCCAGAGCUGGAUUCCAGUUACAAAGGAUAUAUGAAGCUACUAAGCGAGUGCAGUGGAAGCAUAGACUCAGUAAAAAGGCUUGGAUAUAAACUGAAGGAGGAAGAAGAAAAAUUAUCUGGACUUAUUAACCUGAACAGCACUGAAACACAAACAGCUGGUGUAAUUGACCGUUGGGAAUUAAUCCAGGCUCAAGCUCUAAGCAAGGAGCUGAGGAUGAAGCAGAACCUUCAGCAAUGGCAGCAGUUUAACUCCGACCUUAAUAGCAUUUGGGCUUGGUUGGGAGCAACUGAAGAGGAACUGGAGAAGCUCCGCCGCCUUGAUCUCAGCACUGACAUACAAACUAUUGAUCUCAGAAUUAAAAAACUGAAAGAGCUGCAGAAAGCAAUUGAUAACCGCAAAGCAAUCAUCUUAUCCAUCAACCUGUGCAGCUCAGAGUUCACUCAGUCUGAUAGCGAAGAGAGCAAGAAGCUUCAAGAGCGCCUGUCUCAGAUGAACGUGCGCUGGGACCAUGUAUGCAGUAUGAUCGAAGAGUGGCGCUGCUCAUUGCAGGAUGCAUUAAUGCAGUGCCAGGAUUUCCAUGAAAUGAGCCAUGGUUUGCUGCUUUGGUUAGAGAAUAUUGACAGAAGAAAAAAUGAGAUUGUGCCCAUCAAUCCAAACCUGGACUCAGAAACGCUCCAGGAUCAUCACAGACUUCUAAUGCAAAUCAGACGUGAACUGCUGGAAUCUCAGUUGAAGGUGGCAACACUGCAAGAUAUGUCCUGCCAGUUGCUAGUCAAUGCUGAAGGCAAGGACUGUCUCGAAGCCAAAGAAAAGGUGCAUGUAAUUGGAAACAGACUGAAGCUUCUCUUGAAGGAGGUCACACAUCAUAUUAAAGACCUAGAGAAAAUUCUAGACAUUUCAAGUAGUCAACUGGAACUGUCCUCAUGGUCCUCUGCUGAUGAAUUAGACACAUCAGGCUCAGUGAGUCCUGCAUCUGGAAGAAGCACUCCAAGCAGACAGAGAACGCCACGGGGCAAAUGUAGUCUCUCACAGCCUGGACCCUCUGUCAGCAGUCCACAUAGCAGGUCCACAAGAGGUGGCUCAGGUUCCUCCCCUUCUGAGGCCGGGCCAGUGUGGCAGCGCCCGUCCUUCUUCCUCAGAGUCCUCAGAGCUGCUCUGCCACUUCAGCUCCUCUUGCUGCUCCUGAUCGGGCUGGCUUGCCUGGUGCCAAUGACCGAGGAGGACUACAGCUGUGCUAUGGACAACAAUUUUGCCCUCUCUUUCCACCCCAUGCUAAAAUACAUGAAUGGUCCACCUCCAUUAUGA